AUGUGGGCCACAAGGCUUCGACAGCCGUUGCUGUUGUCGCCGCGCGCGGUUCCGUUUCGUCGACCACUGUCGAGCCUCCGAAGCAGCAACAACCAUCGCGGCCCGCGUAACAGCAUCAGGCGGCCAGACCGCAUCCAGCCAUCGCAAAAAGCAUCGCAAACACCACAGCGACCUGAUUCAGGGAAUGCUGAACCCCAGGAUAGCCCCAACGAGAAUUACGACCCUGCGCAAAACACUCUCUCUCUCCCUAUUCUGGCAAAUUCUGGAUUAGUGGUUCAGCGUCAGCUCGAAAUGAUGAAUGUGAUGAUUGGCUUCGAACAAGCAAACAAAUAUGUCAUCAUGGAUGCGAUGGGUAAUCACAUUGGUUACAUGGCAGAGCAAGAGAAGGGCAUGGGCAAUGCGAUGGCGCGCCAGUGGUUUAAAACCCAUCGCAGCUUCGUGACGCAUGUGUUCGACCGAAACGAGAACGAGGUGCUUCGGUUCAAUCGCCCAUUUUCUUGGAUCAACACCCGAAUCCAAGUUUAUGACCCCAUCGAUCCUGCUACUACCAAUUACUCUUCUUCUACUUCUCAACACACCACCGUUCCCGGCUCUCUUGUUCAGACCGAUACUGCCACCCGCGUGUCUCAACUUGGCUUUGACCAGAUGCGAAUCAUUGGCGAGGCUCAGUCGCACUGGGCACCAUUGCGUCGCAAGUACAAUCUUUUCACAUAUCAUCAGUCCCCAAACCCAGCAACAGAUAUGGGCACGCAGAAGUUUGCCCUCGAUACCUCCGAUCUUUCGAAGGUGCAACAGACGCAACUAGCACAAAUUUCCAAUCACCGCGAGGGCAAUUUCAACCAGUUUGCUUAUGUUGACGAGCCAAUGCUAUCCUGGGACUUCUCUCUACUCUCUGCUGAAAAUCGACUGAUUGGAUCAGUGAACCGCAACUUUGCCGGAUUCGCUCGAGAAAUCUUCACCGACACUGGUGUGUAUGCGCUGCGAAUGGACUCGGCAGGACUUGGCCUCGUUCAGGCACCGAAUGAAGCUAACACGCCGACUGGAAUGACUCUUGAUCAGCGUGCAGUAAUGCUAGCUACGGCAGUAAGUAUCGACUUUGACUAUUUCAGCCGCCACAGCAGCUCGGGUGGUGGAUUCGGGUUCAUGCCGCUCUGGUUCCCCGGUAUGGGUGGAGGGGCUGCUGCUGGAGAGGCAGCAGGUGGUGCCGCCGCCGGUGGUGCUGCAGCUGGCGAAGCCGGUGCAAUAGGUGAGGCAGCUACUGGUGCGAUUGGAAGGGCCGGUGCUGCCGGUGGUAUAGCAGAUGGCAUGGCUGCUGGAGCUACAGGCGCUGGAGCUAUGGCUGGAUACGAGGCAAUGCAGAGAGGCAUGUCGAGCGACCAAAGCAACCAGUCCGCAUACCCGGACCAGCCAUCCUCAGAGCAGACAGGGCCCACCGCAGACGCUUGGCCUCAGGAACAGCCCGAUGACGUCUGGGGUGAGGGAGACGACCCCUGGAGCGAUGGUGGCGAUGGUGAAGGUGGAGAUGACUUCGACUUCUUCUGA